UGUUUCAGGCUCAUCAGGAAAGUAAGACAUGAGCAGAAACACACACUGACACACACUGACACGAGGUAACACAACAGCAGUGAAAAUGACAUGACUGGAUCUGACUUGCAUGUGUUUCUGGUAGUUUCAGGACUGACGGCCUCACGUCAGGUUCACCUCAGCACCGGACGGACGGCUGGAGGUUUCAUCCUCCGCCUCGAUGGACUCGUGGUUUCAGAGAGCAGCUCUGUUCACAGAUCAACUCGAAGUCACGUGUUGGUGUUCUUGUAACAGCAGGCACAGCUCACACUUCCUGUAUGAAGAAACACUUUCCUGUGUGAAAGUCAGCAGGGAUUGUAAGUGACACCGCGUUCAGUCUGCAUUCAGUUGGUCACGCAUUGUUCUCCUCUUAUAUCUGAACUGAGACUGAACUUCCUGUUUGGUUUCGAGUGUCUUCAUGUCAGACGACUGCAGAAGAAUCAACAACAGCUCCUCUUUCUGUGUGAAAGGGAGCCAUAAUGGCAAAUGAGAUUCUCCUAAAGAUUCUGGAUGAGCUCAGAGAAGAGGAACUGGAGCGGUUUAAGUUUUUCCUCAAAUGUGAACGUAUUAAAGACUCCUCAACCAUCCCACAGAGGAAGCUGGAGAACGCAAGGACAUGGGACAUGGUUGAUCUGAUGAUCCAGUCAUUCACAAUUCCUGAAGCUGUGGAGGUGACCAAGAGAGUUUUAACAAAGAUACCUCGGAAUGAUCUGGUGAAGACUUUGUCAGACAGCAGCUCAGGACCAAAAGUGGAUGUCAGUGAGGUUGAAGAAACUUCAGAGAACAGAGAAGUUUCCUUUCCUCAGACUGAAGAUGUGAUGGUUCCAGUACCAGAGCCACAACCCAUCUCAUAUUACCAACAAAGGAUUCAAGUGCACUUUCAGGACAAGUUUAUGUGUGCACAAGAAGCUUGGAUGAAGAAGAAAGAUGAGCAGCAUCUAGCUGAUAUCUACACAGAGCUGUAUGUCACAACUGGGAAUGAUGCAAACACCAAGAAACAGCAUGAGGUCAUUCAGAUUGAGGGGAAGCCAACAGAAACAGAGAAGCCAAUUAAACCCAGUGACAUGUUCAAACCCCCCUCUGACAGAUAUAAACCCAUAAGAACAGUACUGACCAGCGGAAUCGCAGGAAUUGGAAAAACGUUCAUUGUGCACAAGUUUGUGUUGGACUGGGCUAACAAAGAACUCAAUCAAGAUGUGCAUCUCAUAUUCCCCUUCACCUUCCGCCAGCUGAAUUCAUGGAAGGGUAAAAAGUUACGUUUGACAGAGCUCAUUCAUAACUGUAUUAGGGAGAUGAAAGACAUCAAGGAAGAGGCUCUUAAUCACAUCUUUACGACUCUGCAGUCAUCAGGAAACACCAACUAUGACAAAAGUAAAUUCAAACUGGUGUUUGUUUUGGAUGGACUGGAUGAGAGCCGCCUUCAACUGAACUGUUCAACUGAUGAAAUCCAGGACACAGACUUUGAUGUGACACAGUCCACCUCAGUGGAUGUGCUGCUGUCAAACCUCAUCAAGAGAAAUCUGCUUCCCUCUGCUCGCCUCUGGAUAACCACACGACCUGCAGCAGCCAAUCAGAUUCAUUCUGAUUUUGUUGACGUGGUGACAGAGGUCAGAGGGUUCACUGACCCACAGAAGGAGGAGUACUUCAGGAAGAGAUUCAGAGAUGAGGAGCAGGCCAGCAGAAUCAUCUCCCACAUCAAGACAUCACGAAGCCUCCACAUCAUGUGCCACAUCCCAGUCUUCUGCUGGAUCACUGCUACAGUUCUGGAGGAUGUGUUGAAGACCAGAGAGGGAGGAGAGCUGCCCAAGACCCUGACUCAGAUGUAUGCAGAGUUCCUGGUGUUUCAGAUUCGUCAAACAAAAAAGAAGUAUGGCCCAGAAAAGUUUGACCAAAACAUGUGCAUUCAGUACAUUGAGUCAUUAGCAAAACUGGCUUUCCACCAGCUAGAAAAGGGCAACCUGAUCUUUUAUGAAAGAGAUCUAAAAGAGAGUGGCAUUGAUGUGGAUGGAACCUCAGUGUUCUCAGGAGUGUUCACAGAGAUCUUUAAAGAAGAACGUGGGAGGAAGAAUGAUGAAGUUAAGAUGUUUAGCUUUGUCCAUCUCAGUGUUCAGGAGUUUUUAGCAGCUUUGUAUGUUGAGAUGUCGCUCAUUAACAAAAACAAGAAUGUGAUGUCUGAACUAUCUCAACCCUUAGUCGAAUGGGUAAGAAUGUUUUUCAGCAAAACGUCUGUGACAAAUGUCCACAGGUUUGCUAUUGACAAGGCCUUACAGAGUCCAAAUGGACACCUGGACUUGUUCCUCCGCUUCCUGCUGGGUCUUUCACUACAGACCAGUCAGACUCUCCCUCAAGGCCUCCUGGAAAAGAAGAGAAGCUCAGAUACCAAUCAGGAAACAGCUGAGUACAUCAAGAAGAAGAUCAGUGAGAAUCUGUCUCCAGAGAAAAGCAUCAAUCUGUUCCACUGUCUGAACGAACUGAAUGCUGGUUCUCUAGUGGAGGAGAUCCAACAGUACCUGAGAUCAGGAAGUCUCUCCCUAGAUGAACUGUCUCCUGCUCAGUGGUCAGCUCUGGUCUUCAUCCUACUGUCAUCAAAGGAAGAUCUGGACGUGUUUGACCUGAAGAAAUACUCUGCUUCAGAGGAGGUUCUUCUGAGGCUGUUGCCAGUGGUCAAAGCCUCCAAGAAAGCUCUGCUGAGUAGCUGUAAUCUGUCAGAGAGAAGCUGUGAAGCUCUGUCCUCACUUCUCAGCUCCCCGUCCUCUAAUCUGAGAGAGCUCGACCUGAAUAACAAUGACCUGAAGGAUUCAGGAGUGAAGCUGCUCGCUGCCUCACUGGCGAGUCCACAAUGUGCACUGGAGACUCUCAGGCUGAGUGGCUGCAAUCUGUCAGAGGGAAGCUGCAAAGCUCUGUCCUCAGUUCUUAGCUCCCAGUUCUCUAGUCUGAGAGAGCUGGACCUGAGUGAUAACAACCUGCAGAAUUCAGGAGUGAAGCUGCUGUCUUUUGGAAUGAAGAGUCCACACUGUAAACUGAAGACGCUCAGGCUGUCAGGCUGUCUGAUCACAGAGGAAGGUUGUACUUCUUUGACUUCAGCUCUGAGAUCCAACCCCUCCCAUCUGAGAAAGCUGGACCUGAGCUACAAUCAUCCAGGGGACUCAGGAGUGAUGGAGCUGUCAGCUGAGCUGAAGGAUCCACACUGGAAACUAGACACUCUCAUGCUGAGUGGCUGUAAUCUGUCAGAGAGAAGCUGCGAAGCUCUGUCCUCAGUUCUAAGCUCCCAGUCCUCUAGUCUAAGAGAGCUGGACCUGAGAGACAAUGACCUGCAGGAUUCAGGAGUGAAGCCGCUGUCUCUUGGAUUGGAGAGUCCACACUGUAAACUGGAAAAUCUCAGGGUAAGGGGCUGUAAUCUGUCAGAGAAAAGCUGUGAAGCUCUCUCCUCAGUUCUCAGCUCCCAGUCCUCUAGUCUGAGAGAACUGGACCUGAGUAGCAAUGACCUGCAGGAUUCAGGAGUGAAGCUGCUGUGUGUUGAACUGGAAAAGCCACAUUGUAAACUGGAGACUCUCAGGCUGUCAGGCUGUCGGAUUACAGAGAAAGGCUGUAAAUCUUUGGCCUCAGCUCUGAGUCGUAACCCCUCCCAUCUGAGAGAGCUGGACCUGAGCUACAAUCAUCCAGGAGACUCAGGAGUGAAGCAGCUGUCGGCUGAGCUGGAGGAUCAACACUGUAAACUAGACACUCUCAGGGUGGAACAUGGUGGAGAGCAGAGGCUGAAACCUGGUCUGAGGAAGUAUGUCUGUGAACUCACAGUGGACACAAACACAGUAAACAGAAACCUCAGACUGUCUGACAACAACAGGAAGGUGACAGUAGUGGAGGAGGAGCAGCCAUAUCCUGAUCAUCCAGAGAGGUUUGACUCCAACCUGCUCCAGCUGCUGUGUAGAAAUGGUCUGACUGGUCGCUGUUACUGGGAGGUCGAGUGGAGAGGAAUGGUUCAUAUAUCAGUGAGUUACAGAGGAAUCAGCAGGAGAGGAGACAGAAAUGACUGUGUGUUUGGAGAGAAUAAUCAGUCCUGGAGUCUCUUCUGCUCUGAUUUAGAUGGUUACUCUGUCUAUCACAAUGACAGAAAAACAGACAUUCCUUCUUCCCCCUCCUCCUCUUCUCCAUCGUACUCGUCCUUCGUCUCCUUCUUCUCCUCGGACUCUAACAGAGUAGCAGUGUAUGUGGACUGUCCUGCUGGCACUCUGUCCUUCUACAGAGUCUCUGACUCACUGAUCCACCUCCACACCUUCAACACCACAUUCACUGAAACUCUUUAUCCUGGAUUUGGGUUCUGGUUCUGGCAGAAUUCCUCAGUGUCCCUGUGUUCUCUGUAGAAGUCUCCCACACACAUUUUUUCACAUAGUUGAGACUGAAAACUGAUAUUUGGGACCGAUAUUGAUUUGUGGUGAAAAAUAUAAAUCUUUGUGUCUAAAUUUCGAACAACCAGUGAUGAAAUAAACCCAAAAGUACAAUUUACUCACGCACUGUUCUCAAGUGCAAUUUUCAGAUGCUAUGCUUGAGUAUUCCCACUCUCUGCUUCUUAAUACUUCCCCUCCUAUAAAUGUAUUUCAGAACUUUAUUUACUAGUUACUUUGCAGAUUCAGAUAAUUGUAUUGUUCAUUGGCUUUUAAUUGUGGCUUGUUACCAAUCAGACUGUGUUGUGGGCAGGACAGUGUGUGAGAGGAUGCUGCAUCAGAGCUUAGGUUGCACAUUUUAGAUGAGUUCAUAUGUUUUCUGUCUGAUACUGACAAUCAGAAGGAACAUUUUUUUUUUUCAUUCUAGUUAAUAUCAAAAGAAACAGCAGCUAUAUUAUCGGAUGUAUUUGUCUCAUUAGAUACUUAAGCAGCUGUAGUUAUUCAGAUGGAAAAGCCAUCUCCUGAGACACAUCCCAUCCCAGUGUGGAGCGUUUAAACUAACAGCUGCUGGAAAGUGGAGGUGUAUGCUAAUCUAUGCUGAAAGCCAUCUCCAUUCCAUCUUUCUGGCUUUGAAGUCAAGUGUGGGAGUGCUAACCUCUUGCAUCAGGAAAAAAAUGCUUGAGGCAGCUGCAAGACUCUCCCCUGUAGCCUUAAUGAGCCACGUUUCUCCCCAGCAGUUAACACAACUGCUGAUCUUUACGGGUAUAAAUAGCAUGCUAAUGUUUAAUUCACCAGUCCUUUCAGGGAAUAAUUGAAUUAAUGACAUUUCCUUUUGCCAUUUUAAAUGCAAUAAAUUCUUUAAUAAUUGCACUUGUUAAAUGUCAUAGCGGGCUCAAAAAUGUAUCUUCAUUAAACAAACAGUAUUUUUCUGCUUUAAUAUCUUCAUUGUUUACUGCAAGAACCAAGCUUUCAGAGGCAAACCAACGCCUUGUCUCCACUGUACAUAUCUCUGUUACCUGACGUGUGAAACGCUGUUUUGUUCCUUCAUCAUGAUAAUAUUACAUUUAUUUUGUAUAGCGCUUUUCAGGUACACAAAGCUGCUUUACAGGUUAAAACACAAAUAUUAAACAACACACAGUAUCCAACUGGAAGCAUGUCAGAGGUGGAGCGUCAUGCCUGCCUUCCUCCUUGA